AUGUCCUCGUCUAGCAUACGCGUCCUGACAUUCAAUUGUUGGGGCCUCAAAUAUGUUGCGAAGAAACGCGUAGAGCGCAUCCGAGCUAUUGCAUCGGCCCUGGCUCAAUCUGACCACGACAUCAUUGCACUUCAAGAACUUUGGGUAUACUCAGACUUCGAACAUGUUCGAGCAAGCGUGGAGAAACGCCUACCGUAUGCAAAGUUCUUCUACAGUGGUGCUCUCGGAGCGGGUCUUGCUAUUUUCUCUUGUUUUCCUAUCUUGACCGCGUCCAUCUAUCCCUACUCGCUCAAUGGGCACCCAGUCGAUGUCGGGGCUGGAGACUGGAUGGUAGGAAAGGCUGCUGCGAGCGUGUUAAUCCAGCACCCGGUUCUUGGAGAGGUCGAGGUUUUCAAUACUCAUCUCUUCGCAAAGGGGGCGGAAAUGGCACCAGAGCACAUUCGAGCUCAUAGGCUGGUGAAUGCAUGGGAGUUUGCGAAGCUUGCCCGUAACUCAGCCUCUCUUGGACGUUAUGUCAUUGCGCUAGGUGAUUUCAAUGGCAUCCCACAAUCCCUGCCUAUGAAGAUUGUCCGUGACCAUGCCGAGUUGACUGAUGCGUGGUUACAAUCGCAUGCCGCGCCCACAGAAGUGUCUACGAGCGGUCUCACUCCCAAGACUGCGAUUGAACGAUUCGGUAUAACAGCAGACUCGCCUCUGAAUUCGUACUCCGCUGGGAAAGACCUUGAGCCUUUCGUGAAGAAGACAUUCGGCAAGCGCUUGGAUUAUGUUUUCUUCCGCCAGCCAGUAGAAAGGUACAUGUCCGAACGACCAACGCUGAAAUGCUCGCACUCUCAAGUGGUAUUCACGGACAGGGUACCAGAUCGCACGUUUUCCUUCUCCGAUCACUUUGGACUCGAGGCAACCAUCGACAUCGUCGCUCCGUACGAAAGCGAACCUACAGCACGUACACCGCGUUCAUCUCGUUUAUCUCCUCUUACCGACGAGAUAAUCGCAACAUUUAUUCAAGCGUUGACGGUCUACUACCGCCUCACUCAAUCGCGUUCGCGCAUCGAGUUGACCAUAUUUGCGACAAGUGUUGUUGUGCUUAUUGGUUUAUGUGUUAGCUCGCCUUGGUUUACGGCUUCUUGGAUCACGCCCAUCCUCGUUCUGGUCACCAUUUUGCUUGCAUGGUUAGGCACGACGAUGCUCUAUGCAGGGUUUAUUUACGGAAAUUGGGAGCGCAGAGCGCUCAUGAACGUGAUAGAGGAACUAGAGCUGAUUAAACGUGCAAAUUCAGGGCGACUCAGCCCGUCUACAUCGCUGUCAUGAUCACUUAUUCCUGGAAUUCCUUUCCACAAGUAGAGGUACUCGUUAAGGACAACAUAGCAUAUUUUGCAGUUAAUACUUUCGUUACACGUAGUGGCUACAAGAUGGUAUCAAGAAAAAGAGUCAAAUAUCAAAAUACAC